CAGGCGCAGAGAUGUCCAAGACCGACGCAGUUUCAGCGCUGCAGCUCCCAUGGAGGGUGAAGCUGAUGCUCUUCGCCAUCGGCUCCGGCACCGACCUUUGCUGUCGCUCCAACAGCACCGUCAACCGCUGUCUCGCUCACCUCUUCGACUUCAAAUCCCCUCCUCUGAACAAACCAAAUAACGGCCUCAAAAGCUUCGAUGUCACCGUCGAUGCCUCCCGCAAYCUCUGGUUCCGUCUCUACGCUCCUACCUCCGAUUCAACCUCCGAAUCCUUGCCUCUCAUCGUCUAUUUUCACGGCGGCGGAUUCAUAUUCAUGGCUCCCGAUUCCAAACUCAUCGACCACCUCUGCCAGAGCCUUGCUCGCGAGAUCUCCGCCGUCGUCAUCUCCGUCAACUACCGCCUCGCUCCGGAGCAUCGCUGUCCUUGCCAGUACGAAGACGGCUUCGAUGUUCUCAAGUUCAUCGACGCCGCUGCGAUCGAAGGAUUUCCGGCAAAUGUCGAUCUGAAACGGUGCUUCGUCGCCGGAGACACCUCCGGCGGGAACAUAGCGCACCACAUGAUUUUGAGAUCUGGAGAACACGAAUUUCGCGAUUUGGAAAUCGUCGGAGUCAUCGCGAUUCAACCGUUUUUCGGCGGAGAAGAACGAACUCAAUCGGAGAAAGAACUAAUCAGAGCUCCACUGGCUACAAUGGACCGAACGGACUGGUUCUGGAAGGCUUUUUUACCGGAAGGAUCGGACAGAGACCAUCCGGCGGUGAACAUUUUCGGUCCGAAUUCGGCUGAUUUAUCGAAUGUUAGAUUUCCUGCGAUUAAAGUGUUCGUUGGAGGACUGGAUCCGUUAAUCGAUCGGCAAAAGAGAUGCUACGAAGAAAUGAAGAAAUUAGGUAAGGAAUCGUAUUUGGUGGAAUAUCAAAACGCAUUUCACGGCUUUUACGGUUUUCCAGAGUUGCCAGAGUGGGCUCUGUUCAUCAGAGACGUCGUGGAUUUCGUACAAACACAGUCCUCGAAGAUGAUCAGUAGGCGGAAUCCAAAUCACAACUCAAUGGACUGAUCGUUUCUCAGUACUCUAGAAAUAAUUGUGGAUGGUUGUGACAAAAUCGUGACGAAAAUGGAAGGAGAAUCUCCCUUGCUAGUAUUUUCCUUUUUUCUCUCCUUUUGUUUAUAAUUGGAGCCUUAAUCUCAAUGAACUCUCAACAAACUCACGGAAUGUAA